CAUGCAGGACCUCCUCUGCGCGCUUUGCUCUGCACCUUUUGCCACUCCCGAGUAUACUGGACCAGAGGUCUUCGACUACUCCGACACAGCAGUCUCCCUUGGGGAAGGCUACGAGCGCUGGCUCUCGCUCUCUGGCAACAAGUGGCUUGAACACCUCCGUGCCGUUGGCGUCAAUUCUUCCACCGGCGAGAAACGCUGCUACAUCUCUGGCAUAGGUACAAACACAUACUCAACAUCUAUUUGCGUCGAGCCGGGCGACCAUCCCAAUGCACCAGCCUCCGUCGGCGGCAGCAAUGAUCCAGUCGACCUCGAUGCAUACUGUUGUUGGAAAUCGACUAGGAACGGCACGGGCGUGUUCCCUGUGCACGUCAACUGCCUCGAUAUACUGAAGAAGGUCUUCCGGCAAGAAGGGUUGGAUCUUGAUGCCGACAUCCUGUACGAAUUCUUGAGGAAAGCGUUACUUUCCUAUUCCCAUUCGUAUUCCCACGCAGUCUCUUUCGACGACGAAUAUCUCGACUCCGACUCCGUGAGUGACUACACCGAAAUGGCAACUCUCGUCCCUCAAUCAAAACAAUCAGAAGAGGAGUCUUUCGUAAGCGAUCCUAUGGAUAUUCGCGGAUUGAACGAGUAUUUGAAGAACCUACCACUCGUCACUGCCCCCGGUCCCGCACCUUCUCGACACGCCGAACACGUUUCUUGUGUCCACGAUCCCUUCGCCAGUCUGCCAUCCGAGCUCCUCCUCAUGAUUAUGCUCCUCAUCCCCAAGGACUCACUCCAGUCUUUCUUCUUCGCAUCUUCCGCCGCGCGCAGCAUCUGGCUUCCCAACACGCUCUUCCGUACACGCCUAGCGGUCGACAUGCCCUGGGCAUGGGAGGUCAUCGAGAGCCCGCUCUUCAAGCGCACCGAUGUCGAUUGGCGCUGUGUCUACACGCAUCUUCGCAAGGAGGCCGAUCGGGAGUGGACCGACGCUAUGCCCGGUCUCGCCAAUAGGUGUCGCAUUUGGGACGUCUGUGAGCAAGCAGCGGCGGACUACAAGCAGCUUGCCGCGAAGGCGGAGAAAGCUGCCUCGGCGACGAAAGAAGCCGGAUGUCGUCGCAAAGCAAGAUUGAUGGAAUAUUUCAACAGUAAAAGGAUAUAUCCUUGCUAA